GAAAUCGCCCCUGAGAGCCUGGGAAGAGCUUGCCCUGCAGAGUGUGUGUGGCCAUGUGUGUUCUCUGCAGCAGCAGCAGGGUGCAGGGUGCCUAGGGCACAGGGGAGCCCCCGCGCCCAGCCAGGCUGAAAGCAUGGGCAAGAAAGGCAAGAAGGAGAAGAAGGUGAAAGGGGCAGAGAAAACGGCUGCUAAGAUGGAGAAGAAAGUCUCCAAGAGAGCUAAGAAGGAGGAGGAGGAUCUCGAAGCUCUGAUAGCAGAGUUCCAGACAUUAGAUGCUAAAAAGACUCAGAUAAUUGAGACGGCCUGUCCCCCUCCCUCACCAAGGCUCAACGCUUCCUUGUCUGCUCAUCCCGAGAGAGACGAAUUGAUCCUUUUUGGAGGUGAAUAUUUCAAUGGCCAAAAAACGUUCCUGUAUAAUGAGCUGUACUUUUACAACAUCCGGAAGAACAGCUGGAGUAAAGUAGACAUCCCAAGUCCUCCUCCCCGGCGCUGUGCACAUCAGGCUGCAGCGGUGCCCCAGGGUGGUGGGCAGCUAUGGAUAUUCGGGGGAGAGUUUGCUUCUCCCAAUGGAGAGCAGUUUUACCACUACAAGGAUCUCUGGGUCCUGCAUUUGGCCACCAGGACGUGGGAGCAAAUCAAGGUGACCGGCGGGCCGGCAGGACGGAGUGGACACCGAAUGGUAGCCUGCAAGAGACAGUUAAUUGUCUUUGGAGGAUUCCACGAAAGCGCAAGAGAUUACGUCUAUUACAACGAUGUGUAUGCCUUCAACCUGGACGCUUUCACGUGGACCAAGCUGUCUCCGUCGGGGACUGGCCCUGCUCCUAGGUCUGGCUGCCAAAUGGCUACCACCCCAGAGGGCAACGUAAUCGUCUAUGGUGGCUACUCCAAACAGCGGCUGCGGCGAAAAGUAAACGAAAUUACAUUUCAUUCAGAUCAUUUAAAAAAUUUUAAGCCUGACGACGAUGUUAUUGACAAGUGGGUAUGGAAUCGGCUUAGCCCAUCGGGUGUGAAACCCACUCCCAGGUCUGGCUUCUCUGUGGCAAUAGCCCCCAAUAACCGGUCACUUCUGUUUGGCGGCGUGCAUGAUGAAGAGGAGGAAGAGAGCAUCGAAGGAGACUUCUUUGGUGAUAUUUAUUUCUAUGAUAUGGGAAAGAACCGCUGGUUUCCUGGACAACUAAAGGGACCUAAAUCUGAGAAGAAGAAACGCAGGCGAGGCAAAAAGGCUGAGGGAGAGGGCGCUGGGGAAGUUGAGGCGGAGAGCCAGCCCCCUCAGGGCCCCAUGGAGGUCAUCAAAGAGGUGGUCGCAGAGGAUGGGACUGUCAUGACGAUCAAGCAGGUGGUCUCUGCCCCGGAAGUGGAGCCGGAGAGGUCUGAAGACGAAGACGAAGACGAAGAAGAGGCUGAGGAGGAAGCCUCCGGCCAGCAGGUGGAGCCGUGCCCACGUUCAAAUGCUAUGUUGGCCAUGAAGCAUGGGAUUCUCUACGUCUACGGGGGGAUGUUCGAAGUGGGGGACCGCCAAUUCACCCUCAACGACCUCUAUGCCCUGGACCUCCACAAGAUGGAGGACUGGAAGGUCCUGGUGGAGAUGGAUCCAAAAACUCAAGAGUGGCUGGAAGAAUCUGAGUCGGACGAAGAGGGGGAUGAUGUGGAAGGUGCGGAGGGAGGCGAGGAGGAGGAGGAGAGCUCUGAGGAAGAGAGUGAAGACGAGGAAGAAGUGGAACAACACCCGUCUGUGCAGCAUGAUGAGAAAUACACGGACUAUCUGCCCAGGACUGAGCAAUACUGGCUUAAACUGGCCCGCCACAAUAUGGGCCCUGAUGCAAAGGAGAAGAAAGUGGUGAAAUUGGCCCAUGCAAUGGCAAAGACUUUUUAUGAAGAUUCAGUCUAGACGACCCUGCUUAUGACAAUGAGCCUUGUGGGUGCAGACGCAUCACUGGGUCAAUGGCCAAUUAAAUCCUCCAUCUUGACCCGAAGUUUCUCUUACUUGGUCUGCACCCUAGCAUCCAAGGGCUCCUGCGUGCUACGCACUAAUGUCUUGGGCAGUCCAUGCCAUGCCUGUUUGCUAACAAUAUCUUCCAGCCAUUGUCAGGCCUUAGUCCACAGGAUCGCUAGCUGGGAGUUUGUUUUGCUGAGAUUUGAAUACACACUGUCAUUUUGCUGGCAGCUGCUUAAGUUGGAUGAAGACAGACAGACUGCUUAAUAGAAACAGGACGCCACUGGAGGUUCCUAGCCCUAUAUGUGCCUCAUCUGAUCGGGGCUGGGUAUGGUUUUUUUUGUAAGUGCUUUCAUAAUAAAGUUGUUUGGUUGAGUCAUUUUGGUUAUUUUUUU